AUGCGUAGUAGCCUAAAGAUCGAAGAACUUGGCAACCAGCACCUGUCUCUACCACUAGAUUUGAAAGUAACAUUUUGCAAGCUGCGGACUCACCAAUGGUGCUUCAUUUUAUUUAAUAUCAUUCUGUUUCAUGCUCUGCUCUUUGGUGCUGACUUUGUGGAAGAAUAUUUUUUGCAGUCAUUACCAUAUGUUGACAUGAGAGUUCUUGAGAUUAAGAACAAAGCCAGAAAAUUAAACAUGGAGCCCUUAAGAUAUAACCUCUCAAAAUCGUACAUCUUAAAUCAGGAGGAGGUAUGCAAGGGAGAAGAUAUCUUUUUACUUUCUCUUAUCUUCAGUAGUCCAGGAAAUAGGUCAAGAAGAAAUUUGAUAAGAAAAACCUGGGCUAAUGUGACUAGUAUAAGGGGACAUCCCAUCCUUUCAUUAUUUGCCUUGGGAAUGCCAGAUCUGGGAACCUCUCAGCAAGACAUCAACAUGGAGUCUAAUAAAUACAGAGAUAUUAUUGAAGGAUUCUUCCUAGACAAUUCUGGGAACCAAACACUAAAAACUGUCAUGAUGAUGCAGUGGGCUGUGACUUUCUGCCCAAAUGCCAAGUUCAUCCUCAAGGUCAAUGAAGAGAUGUUUGUUAAUAUCCUUAGCCUUGUAGACUAUCUCCUCAACUUGAAAGACCACCUUGAAGAAAUCUAUGUGGGAAGAGUCAUCCACCAGGAUAUGCCCAACAGAGAUCCUCAAAGCCUGGACUUUGUGUCAGUUAGUGAGUAUCCAGAAAAGUACUACCCUGAUUAUUGCAGUGGAGAGGCCUUUAUUGUGUCCCAGGAUGUGGCCCGCAUGAUAUAUGUGGUUUUCAAGGAAACACCUUUAGCAAUACCUUCUGAUGUUUUUAUAGGAAUCUGCGCCAAGUAUGCUGGCCUCAUCCCCAUCCACAGUUCACGGUUUUCCGGGGAGAAGCAUAUCAGGUACAAUCGAUGCUGCUAUAAAUUCAUCUUCACAUCCUCGGAAAUGACAGAUGAAGAAAUGCCACUUGAGUGGAGGGAAAUUAAUGAUGGGAAAGUCUGCACUUUGCUUGAAACCUAUUAUGGGUUAGUGUCCUGCAAACUUUUAACUUAUCUUGAUACCUUUAAACACUUUAAUAUAGCAGCUAUAAAAAGUGAUGCAAUGUAUUUUGCUAAUUAAGAUUUCAUUUUCCAGCAGAAAAUGCUUUACAACUUCCUUUUCCCCUAUCAUAGUAAACAUUUCUCCUUUUGUAUUUUCCCCCAA